GUCUGCAUGUUCAAGAUGGCCGCUUAAGUGGAGAAUUUACACCUCUCCAGUAAAACUAAUCCAGCAGCUAGCUGGCCGAACGACUUUUACCGUGGAAUUACCCUAAGAUACCAGCAACGUUUUCUUAUGCGUUACAUCUGAAGCGAAGCAUAAUUGUUGAGGUUCGACACAUGGAGUAAAACAUACUGAAACUGUAGGGCAUAAAAAGCCUCUUUCCUUUAGUGCAGCAUGGACAGCUUCUUCAAGGCAGCUGUAUGUGAUUUGGACAAGCUGCUAGAUGACUUUGAACUCAAUAGUGAGGAACACGAAGGCAGGCCUGUUUCCCUGAAGCCCUCUGUGUACCCCUUCUCCUCACUUGGCCCUCAGUGUUCACCUACAGAGCUGUCCCCAAAUCCACCAAGCCUCCCGGACCUUAAUUCUCUUCAUUAUGGAUUGACACCCAGCUGUCCUGAUGGUUCUGCCAGUCAUAACCAUAACCGCAGCACUGAUAGAGAGGUCAAAGGUCAGCCUCUCACUGGUGUGGACCUUCUGUUGUCUGUGGAUCGCAGGUCAGCCAAAAGCUCUACCCCUCCCUGUCCAGACAGAGCUUUGAAACCUGUCUGCGACCUUGUGAAUGACACAAGCUCAGCCAUUCUGGUCAGGUCCAGUAGCCAUGAUGCCUUCAGUAAGCUGGACAUGGUGGAAAAGCAAAUGGAGGAAGAGGAAGCACUGCUUGUGGAUUUUAACAGCCCCGAAGUAGGACAAGAGCAAGAGGGUGCAUGCCAUAGUCGAGACACCCAAAAAGAGCAAACCCUUGUAGGGAAUGGGAAGGUACUGUUGAGUCUAGAUUUACAUCAGCAGAGUGGUGGAUACUCUGCCUCACUCAGUCUGCUUGAUGUCAUUCUCCCUGCAGCAGUGGAAAGGAGCUGUGAUCCCGCAGAUCAUUCACUAUCUUCAAUAGCUACUGAUUUAGCUAAUAAAGAGGAGGGGGACAGUGAAGGGGGGGAUAUCUCUGACCAAGUAGUUGAGAACUCUGUGGAACAGAGUGAUCUGGAUCCUGUUGAUGGUGUUAAAAAAACUAGAACAAUCAAAGUUAGUAAAGAGAAUGAGUCUCAUGAAGUCUUGGAUGAAUGUGAAGCCGAGUGUCUUCCAGGUCAGGAAUCCAAAGCCUCACACAGCAAGCCGGUAGCCCUGUCAUGUUUACCCAUAGCUGUGUCCAUGUGCGGCGCUCUUGUGAACCCAAAGACCACAGAAGAUGAUUCAGGGGAAGCUGAGCUAUGCAUUGAUGCAGAUGUGUCUGAGAGCACAGAGGCAGAAUCCCUGUCAUGCCUGGAAGCCAAGGAGGAAGAGUCCCAUUCGGAGGCACCCGCUUCCCACCCGGAGGCACCCGCUUCCCACCCGGAGGCACCCGCUUCCCACCCGGAGGCACCCGCUUCUCACCCGGAGGCACCCGCUUUACCUGCUUUUAUGGUCCAGGAGGUUGCAGAGGGCAGACAGUCUCCAGAGGGGCAACAACAGAUUUUUCUUGAAGCUUCUACAGAUCUUACCUCCACCAAUUGUUCAGAAACCAGCCUUGUAGAUCCUCCAGAGUUUGGUUUCGAGUACCUGCCUGAGAGCGACCAGGCUGAGCUGCUGGUUACAGAUGAGGAGUUGGAUGCUUUCCUGCAAGCACAUGCUGAAGCAGAACAGGGUGUUUCUUAUCCUGAAUCUCUCCCAGAAUCAAACAGGGCUCCAGAGGAAGGGCUUGUAAAACAGGACUUAGAAGGUCUACCUUUUCCAGAAAGUGAUCAAGCAAUAUGUAUAUCUGCAGAGGGGAGCAUUAACCCUGGUGCUCUAUCAGUAUCAGAGGACUCUUGCAGACCUUGGCAAGACUAUUCUUCUGGGGCAAGCUCUCUGACCAGCAACACUUUCCAGUCCCAGCACAGCAGUAGCCCUGAUCUACAACCCUCCUAUGGAGGUGCAAGACCUAAACAGCUGCACUGCCAAACUGCAAGAUCUCCAGCAGCAGGAGAAGAGGAAGAGGAGGAGCUGGCUCAGAUGUUAAGUGCUUCUACAACAGUGCCAAGUACUGCAGAGGAUGGAAAACGUUCACCAAUAAACCCCAGUAUUACAGAUGAGCAUUCCAUCAACUUUAGGGAUUCUAACACUUCAUAUGCAACUCAGGAGGAUCAGGAUUACAGUGUGGUGUAUGAUGAACUGUCAGAACCCCCACCUUACCCUGGGGAGUUUACCACAGACAGUGCCAAGGCAGUGAGCUGCAAAAGGGAGGGAGUGGAGGAGCUAGGGAACAGACAGCCUGCUUGGGUGCCAGACUCUGAAGCUCCCAACUGUAUGAAGUGCAAUCAGAAGUUCACUUUUACCAAAAGGCGGCAUCACUGUCGUGCCUGUGGGAAGGUUUACUGUGCUGUGUGCUGCAACAGGAAGUGUAAACUGAAGUACCUGGAGAAAGAGGCUCGUGUAUGUGUCCUCUGCUUUGACACCAUUCACAGAGCCCAGGCUCUGGAACGGAUGAUGAGUCCUACAGGUCCUAGCCCAAACCCAAAUGUCCCAUCUGAAUACUGCAGCACAAUCCCCCCUUUACAGCAGGCCCGUGCUGCUGGUACUCUAAACUCCCCACCACCUACUGUCAUGGUGCCUGUGUCUGUUCUUAAACACCCAAGCAAUGACGGUUGUCCUCGUGAGCAAAAGCGCGUGUGGUUUGCUGAUGGUAUCUUACCCAAUGGAGAGGUGGCAGACACUGCCAAGCUGUCUGUGAUGAGCCGCAGGAGCUCCCAAGAGUUCAGUGGUGUCACCCCAGAUGAGACAACACCUGGCUUACCUGGGGCAGAGACCGGAGUUAACAGUGCAUCUUCCCCUGAGGCUGCUGUGGCAGCAGAGGUAGUUUGCCGCCCAGUGUCUGGACCCUGGGAUUUCGCGUUGCUUUGUGGAAUUGGUUCUUCAGUGAACAGGUUUCCCAGUCUGCUGCCAGACAAUGAAGACGAGCUGCCUCCACUGCUCAUUGCCACUGGAGAGGACGAAGGAGGAGAUGUUUUAGUUGAGGAGAAUCCUGCUCCAUGUCAGAUUCUGCACUUACUAGAAGAAGGCGGACCCCGUCCUCUGACAUUCAUUCUUAAUGCCAACCUGCUAGUCAAUGUCAAACUGGUGACAUACUCUGGCAGGGAAUGCUGGUGUUUUGGCUCUAAUGGGCUGCAGGCUCUGGGACAGAAAGAGUUAGUAUUUCUGUUGGAGUGUUUGCCUCAAGAAAAAACUCUUCCCAAAGACCUCUUUACCAUAUAUCUCAGCAUUUUCCAGGAUGCCCAAAAAGGGAGGUUUGUGGAGGAGCUGGAUAAUGUGACUUUUACAAGUAGUUUCUUGGGCAGUAAGGAUCAUGCUGGGAUGGUAUUCUUCUCUCCCACCUGCCAGUCUCUAGACGGCCUCACUCUCCCUUCACAGCCAUUCUUGUUUGGCCUGCUCAUUCAGAAACUGGAGGUGCCCUGGGCCAAAGUCUUUCCACUGAGACUGCUUUUGCGUCUUGGAGCUGAAUACAACUCGUAUCCCACCACACUGAUAAGUAUCCGUUUUCGGCAGUCAGUGUAUCGAGAGACAGGACACACCAUUAUGAAUUUAUUGGCUGAUCUAAGGAACUACCAGUAUAGCCUGUCAGUGGUGGAGGGCCUGAGGAUCCACAUGGAGAUGGGCCACAGCUACAUUGACAUUCCCAAAAGUAGCUUCAGUGAGGUGCAGAAGGUGAUAAAUGCAUCCAAUGAACAUGUCAUCAGCAUUGGAGCAAGAUUCAGCUCGGAGGCCGACUCUCACCUGGUCUGUUACCAGAAUGAGGAGGGAAAUUACCAAACCCAGGCCAACAGCAUGCCUGGGAAGUCUCGGACAGUCACUGGGGCCAGUUUUGUGGUGUUCAAUGGAGCACUUAAAGCCUCCUCAGGUUUCAUUGCGAAGUCCAGCAUUGUAGAAGAUGGGUUGAUGGUGCAAAUCCCUCCAGAGACCAUGGAAUCUCUUCGCUCUGCCCUCAGGGAGCAGACAAACUUCCACAUACCCUGUGGCAAGAUUAAUGAUGAGCAGCUCAGAGAGAAUGUGACUGUCCGCUGGGUGGAGUGGAAUCCACCUGUCAACACAGGCAAAACUAGUGGAGUUGAUGGAAGAUCCCUAGAUGGAGUGUGUAGUGUGAGGAUGCAACAAGACACUGAGUUUGAGUCAGACAAUCGGCUGAUUACAUGCACUGAGGUAUUCUACCAGCUGAAGUCUCCAGACUGCAACCUGGCAUCUGUCUUAUCGUCCUGCAGUGUUUUUCAGAAGGAAAUAGCGUUGGCAACCUGCAGCGCUCUCACUCCUCACCUCGCCGUUCUCACUUCCAGUGGCAUCAACUCACUCUCACUGUGUGUCUCGACACAGGCUGACAUGGUGGAGUACCAGGCUGGCUCCAAAGGCAGUCUUCUCCCACAGCGCUACAUGAAUGAGAUGGACAGCGCUCUGAUCCCUGUCAUCCAUGGGGAGAGUGCAAGUGUGCCACAGACUGCCAUGGACAUGGAGUUCAUGUUCUAUAUCACACAUGCCAUUGAAUGUGCAUGUAGACCAUGACACACUCAAAGUUUUGGAGGCAAAAAAACAAAGCUGCAGCUUCAGGCAGGAUGCUCGUUCCCAGCUGGAGCAGCAGCCACCCACACAGGAAGAAAAACAUUUCCACCCUGAGGUUUGUGAUUUAGAGGGAUCAAUGAUUGGAUGAUGGUCUUCUGUUAAGAAGCCAUUGUACUUUUGAGUGUUUCAUGUUCACCAAAGCUGCUUUAAUACAAGAAGCCAAACACUAAACAAGAAAUAUGACAACAUGACCAAAAGCAACCAAACUAUUCAAAGCGCUUUCCUCUGCUCUGCCUUCCAGACUCCCUGCUGGCCUCCGUCAGUGUGGAGUACCUCAGUGAAUGUUUCCUACAGACAAUAUGGAAAUGGCUCUCAUUAUUUUUACAUUAAAAGUAGGGACAUUAAUGAGCGUAGACAGGUGAUCAGGUGCUACUGUAGAGCUACUUGACAUACAUAGUUGGCUUGUUCUAAAUGCAGACAUCACAGGGCUCACUUUCUCUCAAGGUACUAUGCUUUCAUUUGACAUGAUGGUUGUGAUGAUACUGCACAGGAAAACAAUGGGCCUUCUGCAGGAAACCUUUUUGUAACUAUGUCCUAGGGCUGGGCUGAUGAAUGAUAUUUGAUUUAAAUUCCAAGUUUGCCUUUUAAUGAUAAUUUAUAAAAACUAAACCAAACUUCAUUACAGUGCACUUCUCUAAAGGACACCUAUCCACGUGCCCAGAGUUUCUUCCGGUUUAACUCAACUCAAGCUAAGAAAAGUAGAGUGUUUGAUCAACAAGGUCUAUCUACAGGGAGGAUUAACAAUCGCCUUUAUGUCUAUAUUGCUCAGGGUCUGUUUUUUUUUUUCUUUUUCUCAAUUGAGUCUGCUUUCUGCAACAAGUAACAGUUGGAUAGCAGAGGCUUCAGCUCUCUUCCACUCACAAUGUAACUGCUAUGCAGGUCUCUUGGUGCACACACAUCCACUGCUGCUCCCUGCCCCGUUUGCAGCAACAAUCUCCCAACCAGCAUGGCAUGGACCAGUGAUGCUAAUUUUAGCUUUAUGUUAAAAACAACUCCCAAUUAUUUCCCAGCUGCCUACUAAAACACUCUGGUACUCUCACGACUCUCCCCUUUUUUCAUUUAUAUAUUUGUUUUUCAUUUAAAUUAUAUUUGACAUUAUAUCCACUGUUAACAAUUAUUGAGUUUUUACAUAAAGUGUGUUCAUUUUGUGUGACAGAAUCAUUGGUUUAAUUGACAUCUAGACCUGUCAUGCUUUGUUACUUGUUCUGCUUUAUUUAUUGUCAGUUAAGUGUUACACAACAACUAAUCGUUGAUGCACAACAACCUAACAAGCUGACAGUGAAUAACGUGUACAAGUUAUGUCAGACUUUAAAGAAAAACGACAGCCAUUAUGACAAAAAAUCCAAUGAAGAUGUAUCCAAGUCAAAGAAACACAUUCCAAUGUGGAUAAAAGCAGAGACUGUGCACUACAUUAAACGACAGGUCUAGAAUAUACAUGAAUUUCACACAACAAAAGUGCAGGAUGCGACUCAUUCAGGGGAGGCAGCCUCACCAGUGCAAACUGUUAGCCCAACUGAGCUGCCCAGAUGUUUGGCCGUGUCUAGAUGACACUUCGUAAUCCUCUCAGCUGAAAGCAUCUGAAAAACAUUUCUCUGAGCCCUGAUUGUACAACAGCAGCAAUAAUCAAGGAUUUAUUUAUUCUGUCAAUUAUAAUUCGUAAUUAUAAGGCCACACUUUCCUUACAAGCAAUGAGAGUGAUGGAAACAAACCUGUGGGAGUGAGUCUUUCCUGCAUGAGGCCCAGUGUGUGUGUCAGUAACAUAGCUGAAGUUUGCGUCUGGAACUUUACAAAUGUUUUUUUUAUUCCUAAAAAGUGAACAUAUGACAGGUAUAUUUUGGCAGGAUUAAGAGUGUUGCCCUACUGACCUUGAUGAAACUACAGAACUAUUUGUAUAGUAGUAUUACAACUGGUGGAGGUGAGGGGUUAAAAUAUUCUCUUGUAGUUGAAUUUGUCUUUCUUGGUGAGUAGCUGACGUUAAAGCUGCUCAUUACUGAGCUUGCAGGUGUAGCUCUUCUCAGAGCUUUAGUUUCCAUCAUCCUGCUGGCACCAAAAUUGAUCCAAUAGUAUGUUUGUCUUAAAAUGUUUCCAUUAUUAUUUGAUCAUCCAUCUUCACACUGAGGUUUCAUUUCACACUGAGAUCUUACAAAAGAAAAGAUGAUGUCAAUCCCGACAGUAUUUCUCAGAAGGAGGUGUAAAUUUAACAAAGAGGAUGCUAUAUUAAUUGUACACACUCUGCUUCUGGAUUAAAAUGUCCAGUCAGGGGAGUUAAAACAAAAAAUCCCCUCCUGUUUUUCACAGAGAAGCUCUUUCAGUGUUGAUGACUUCUUGCCAGAUCAAACACAAAAUACUAAUGAUUAUUUUCCCCUUUAAGAUGUUUUACGUUAUCUGCUUCAGUCUCAGUUAAAUGUUGUUUUUGCACAGCUAAUGAGAACUCUUUCAUUCAGUUCAUCUCACAACUUUUACUAGUUAUUUAAAAAAAUGAAGAUGAUUCUUUCAGAUGAGAAGAUUGAUUGCACUAUUAUCAAGUCACUAACACAGAUUGUAUAUAAACGAUGGAAUUGGCCACAGUAAUGUCACCAGUUAUGUGGGACUGAAGGUGCCUGUUUUUAUUGUGAGCAUUGUAGUGUUUUUGAAUUGGAUGUGAGGCGUGAUGGAUGGAUCAGACUGAAACUAUUGCUAUUCAGUUUGGUCGCCUCCUGUUGGCCAUUUAUAAAAAUUCAGAGUUAAAGCUCUUCCACAUUGGCUCCACUUUACAAGCCCAAAGGCUACCUCUAUCUUUUAUAUAGUCUAUGUUCACGAAUUAGCUUAGCUUAGUUCAGUGUGAUGGGUAGAAACGGGUAAAACUGUGUAGCCUGGCCUCAUUCAGCCUUCAAGAACCAUCAAAGCUUACAAAUUAUUCUGUAUAUUUUGUUUGAUGUUUAGAAAGAAGGAUGAAAGCCACUGGAGUUAAUUGAGUUAAUUGGUGGUUGGUUUUUAGUCUGUUUACAUGGAUAGAGCAGCUAAUUGUCUUUACCAGCUAACAUCAGAUUUAAUGGCUGCCAUUGACUGACACAUUCAGUGACAGGUAACAGUAGCAGUGACACACUCAAGUAUUGUCACCUUAAUUCUGUGCCGACUACAAGAUGCUGAAACAACUGGUUAUUUUGUUCUAAUGAAGACUUUGGUUUCUGUUGCAGAAAAGGCAGAACAAUAACAUUUUAAUUAUCAGCCAAAUUAUUAUUUUUAAGUGUUGUUAUUGGCCCAACUUUUCAGAGCUAAUUCUCUAUUGACCAUUUCUUUUAAGAUAAAUAAUUCCUAUGCUUGGUCUCAAUUUUGUUCAUAAUAUUAGUUCACUUCAUGUAGUACUAAAACUACUACUACAUACUGACUUGCCUAGUAUGUAAUUUUGGACUGAUUAAUUCUCAAAUGGACAUGUCACGUUCUGCUCUUAAAUGAAAUGCCAUUCUGAAUGUUGGACUCCGGUUGUCCCGUGAUCUACUGCAUGUCCUAAACUUGUUCUGCCUCUGACCACCCAUAUGGACAAUUUGCUGUCUGCUGCUCUUAGCUAGUAAGCUAGCAAAGCCACUAUCAUCAGUGCUGAUGAUUACAGCCUCCUGCUGGCUGAAUCUUGUUUGGUGGUCCUUUUCUAUCAUUCAAGUAGCCAAGAACUGAGACACGACGGUGGUUUCCAGUCUAAAUUCAAGUCUCAUCUAGCAGCUUUGUGGCUUUAGUUUAAAAUUAACACACAAAUAUAAGCGUGGUAUCAAUCUUCUCAUCCAGGUUUUGUGCAGAAGGACAAAAAAAGCUAAUUUCCUCAGUUUAUUGAUUGGAGUAGGAGCUGUUUUGUACUGGGUUCAUAUUUUAGCAUUAUUUAAUGUCUUUAUAACAGCUUUAGGCACUUUAUAAAUAUCAGUGUGCUGAUGUGUUAGAAAAAAAAAAAGGUUUGGUUUGACAGAUGCCUGAAGGCAAUCUGGCAAACCAAACCUUUUUUUUUUUUUUUUGGUAAUGAUAUUUCUGGAUCCAAACCGGCAGUUAUCUCUUAUGAGUCGGAAUAAUAAAUGCUCCUGAAACUCAGAGUACACAGAGGUUAUGUCCCUGUAAAGUGCAUUCACUUUUGUGUCCACUGUUUGUAGCAGUGUUUUGCAGCCUCCAUUUGUCUAAAGCUAGGUCUGAGUUUGUUUGUUUUCUUUCUUUCUUUUUUUUUUUUAGGGCAAAGUGCAUUGUGUCACAUCUCAUCUCACUUUUCAGUCAGGACUUUUUUCCCAAAUGUAUAGAUGAUAUCCUGUAUACAUAGAGAUUGUAUCAAACCUUGUGCAUUUUUUAAAUAUUAAAAGUUAUUUUUGAAAUGUUGGUAUAAAAGAAAAAAAAGUUAAUAUUUUUGAUAGAAGGUUGGCUACAUUAAUUCUGCAGUUUGUGUAGCAAGCUGUUUGAGAGGAGAAACAAAUCAAGAAAUGAAUUAAUUGUUAGAAGGUGGAAAUAUCUAAUCUCAAAAUACAUGAAGCGCUUUCGUUUGACAUUAAUGUUUUUGGUAAAAAUCUGAAUACUGAGCUUAGUUAUGAACUCUUCUGCAAGUCGUGCUCUAAUUCUUAGCAACAACUGGGUUAUUAUGAAUACUCGUGUAAAGACUUGUAAACCUCCAGGUUGAUUGCAGUCUUCUAGAUGUAUGAAGGUUUAUAUACAGGUUUUUUUAAAUCACUGAAAUCUGUGAAUUGUUGAUUAACUUCUCCAUGUGAGAUAUGUUUAUUAAACACUAGAAAGGUCAACUGCCGUAGCUGACUGUGUUGAUUUUUAGCCAUGCAUGCAAUGACUGAAUGUUAAAUUGGGAGGCUUUCUAGCUUCAGUAGAAAUCUCUCACCCUUUGGAGAGGCCGUGAUCUAUUGCCUGAAAACUGCAUUCAUGUACACCUAAUCUGCAGAUGAUAUUUUCUGCUAACAUAAAUGGUUGUCCAAAGAUUCAGCUAUAAAUCUGACCUGUAAAAAACCUAUGCAAAUGAAAUGUGUUCAGUGGACUGAAUAAGCUGAGUCUGAAUCUGUAUUUAUAUUGAAUCUGUAUUUAAGGUCCUUUACUAAACACCAACCACACUUUAAUCAGGAGCUCACAAAGACUUACUCUUUUCCACCUAAAGCCGCUUUUGUUCUUUAUGGUGGAUUAUCUAAAGUUGUUAUUAUUACCAUUACCACCAUUAUCAUCAUUAUUAUUAUUGUUGUUGUUAUUGAGUAGUUUGAAAAAGGAAAAAUGUGAGUUUUGAUUCUGAUGUAGAAAGCGGGUAUGAGGGGAAAUUGUGCCGUUUAUACUGCCGUGCAAACAUCUCUGAAACGUACGGCAGUGGUUUAUGUAAAACUUAUUGAUUUUUACAAAGUCCACCUUUUUUCCCCUCCAUUACAAAAUGGACAUGUUCUCCUUCCACAGUCCAAAGCCUAAUAGCUUUGGAUUUUGGGACGAGAACAUGUCCAUUUUGAGAAAUAUUUUGGGAGGCAAAUUAUUCAAAUUUCUUUCUCUCUCGGGUCGUUAAAACAACCUUCCACUGUGUGAAAAUGAGAAGUAUUGAUUGAUUUGAUGUAAGUUUUUGUAAAUCAUCCAUUUAUUCAUAAGACCAGCUUUACUUUUUGAGGACCCUGCGGUCUGCAUCCUAACCAGUUUCUGAAUAGCCUGUGUAUUUAAAGAAUAAAAGAAUUUUAUGAAAAAACAAAA